GCUUUCAGUGAAUGCAUGGAAGGAGGCGACGGUGACCUUUGGGGGCAAUGGUGAAUGAGAGACAGAAAUAUCAUCUUCUCUCUCCCUUCCCGCCCUGCAGGUGUGGAUGUGUGGGGGCCGCAUGGAGGACAUCCCCUGCUCCAGGGUGGGCCAUAUCUACCGGAAGUAUGUACCCUACAAGGUUCCCGCCGGAGUCAGCCUGGCCCGGAACCUGAAGCGAGUGGCGGAAGUGUGGAUGGAUGAGUAUGCCGAGCACAUUUACCAGCGCCGGCCCGAGUACCGCCACCUCUCUGCUGGGGACGUCGCCGCCCAGAAGAAGCUGCGCAGCUCCCUUAACUGCAAGAGUUUCAAGUGGUUUAUGACCAAGAUUGCUUGGGACCUGCCCAAAUUCUACCCGCCCGUGGAGCCCCCCGCCGCAGCUUGGGGGGAGAUCCACAAUGUGGGCACAGGGCUGUGUGCCGACACGAAGCAUGGGGCCCUGGGCUCCCCACUGAGGCUGGAGAGCUGUGUCCGGGGCCGCGGGGAGGCUGCCUGGAACAACAUGCAGGUGUUCACCUUCACCUGGAGAGAGGACAUCCGGCCCGGAGACCCCCAGCACACCAAGAAGUUCUGCUUUGACGCCAUCUCCCACACCAGCCCAGUCACCCUCUAUGACUGCCACAGCAUGAAGGGCAACCAGCUGUGGAAGUACCGCCAAGUAAGGCAGGCGGCGUGGGCGGGACAGGGCAACCGGCUUGGUUUAGAAAAAGAAGCAGAUAAACACGCCGCCGUGCCUCCCUCCUUCCCCCCGCCCCGAGCCCACUCACUCACGCAUUUGUCCCACAAACCCGCCAUGCCCGACUUCUCAGUUAUUCGAGAGCGGCCAGAAAUCCAAGAUGUUUGUGUGAAACCUCUAGGAUCUUAAAUGUUGGCAACUGAGUCCAUUAUAAAACAAAACAAAAGGCAUCAUGAGAACCA